AUAAUCCCAAAAUUUCAAUUUUCAGUUAAUAAGGUAACCAAGACUUUAUCCUCAACAAACCCCUCAUUCUUCCCUUCUCUCUGCGAAACAUUUACCUCUCCACAAACACAGAGAGUUCAUGGAGAGGCUUCUGUAUUCUUCUUCUCCUACUCCUCUAAAAACCCACUUCAAAAGGCCCACUCCUUUGCUUCCUAGACUCUGCAAACUUGAGUUACCGAAACCUGGUUUUCCCUCUUUGACAAGGCCGGAGUUCAGGAGAGUCAACUCUGUCUCUUGCAAACAUGAGAACCCAUCAAACCCAUUUAUUAAAUUGUCAUCCCUGUCUCCUCUUAAGGUUGAUUCAUCAUCUGGGUCGACGCCAAAAUCCCACCUUGUCAAACAGAUCGUUGAUGGAGUUUCUGUGAAGUCUAAGGCAGCUACUGUUGGGAUAUUCAUGGUAGUUUCUGCUCUCAUCAUGUUAAUCCACCCAGUUUUCGCAUUGCCAGCUUUUGCAACCUUCCAAACUGCUGCCCAGACUGGGGGCCCUGCUGCUGCUGCAGGAGGGGCAAAAUUUAUGCGAACUGAACUACUGACCAGUGCUUGGGCUGGUUUAUUUGCUGGUUGCUUGCACACACUGUCAGGGCCUGACCACCUUGCUGCUUUGGCUCCACUCUCAAUCGGUCGAUCCCGGAUGGAAAGUGCUGCUGUUGGAGCUCUUUGGGGUUGUGGCCACGAUGCAGGUCAGGUCAUAUUUGGCUUGCUAUUUCUACUGCUGAAGGAUCGACUCCAUAUUGAAAUCAUCAGAACUUGGGGCACAAGAGUGGUCGGUCUAACUCUACUUGUUAUUGGUGCUAUGGGUAUUAAGGAGGCAUCAGAAGUCCCAACUCCAUGUGUUGCCUUAGAAAAUGGUGAGUGUGAUGUUAGUGCUUAUGAAGCAUUAGAAACCCCAACAGUAGGGAAGAAGAAAAAGAUUGGUUUUGCUACUUUUGCUACCGGUAUUGUCCACGGACUACAACCAGAUGCAUUGAUGAUGGUGUUGCCUGCACUUGCAUUGCCUUCUCGGGUGGCUGGGGCUGCAUUUCUGAUCAUGUUCCUGUUUGGGACUGUGGUUGCCAUGGGUAGCUACACGGUAUUUAUAGGGUCAUGUAGUGAAGCAUUAAAGGACAGAGUACCCAGAAUAACUGAGAAACUCACAUGGGUUUCGUCCCUGAUAGCCAUUGCCCUUGGCCUUGGUAUUAUCGUUAGCCAGUUGUUCGGGUUCAGUUUAUACUGAUCUGUGUGGUUGCAAGCUACCAUUUUAGUUUUAGAGAAAGAACAUUAGAGAAGAAUUUCAAUUUAUUUAGAAUUUCCAUCUUUUUUUAUCUCAUUGAACUUUUUAAGUUUGUAAUCUUCAACAUACAAGGGAAAGACUUGUGUCUCUGAGAAGUAUUUAUAAUUUAUUUGGUACAA